AUGAGUGGAUCACACGAGGAGGCAAUCAAGGCCAACAUCGCAUCAUUCGAUGAGGAAUUUGCCAAAAAGUAUGAGCAACGUGAGAGUCAACAGCUCCUAGCUAUAUUGUUUGUGAAAUAUCUCCUUGAACUAAACGUACACGAUAAGCCAGUAAAGAGAAAAACACCCGAGGAAUCAAGUGUGAUUGUUGGCAAUCCCGACAAGUUCAACGGUGGGUUUUCGAUCGAGUCGUCCUUACCGGACCCCAAGACAUACCUCAAGGAGUACCCGCAUGCCAUUUUCCGUCCCGGAAUGAAGUUGUUGGAUUUCGCAUGUGGCACGGGGAUGGUCACCGAGUUGUUUGUGCCGUAUUUGACAGCGCAAGGCCAACAAUCUGAAAUUGUCGGUAUUGACAUUGGUGCAGCAUUUUUACAAUAUUUCAACAACAGAGCCACCAAGAUCAACAGCUCGCUGGAAAUCGACAUGAGAUCGUAUCAAUACGACAUCUUGGAUGCUGAAUUGCAACCGCAACUCAGCGAGCAAUUUGAAAGUCACUUUGAUGCUAUAGUAUGCACACUUUCAUAUCACCAUAUUCACAAUUAUGAACAAGUUACCAAGAAAUUGGCAACUUUCUUACGUCCCGGAGGUUGGCUAUUCAUUGUGGAUUUUUAUAACGAGGAUGUUGAGAGAGUAGGUGCGGAUCCCCUGAAUCCUGCUGUUUUGAGCCAUGCCGUGCAGCAUAUGGGUGGAUUGAAAGUCGAUAAGCUCAAUCACACGUUGGCCAAUAUCUCCGAGUUGACCAACGUUAGUAGCGCAAGAGAGUUUCGUGCUUGGAUCUGGCAACCGGCAAGCUUUAUUGAAAGUCAUUGCACGGGUGAAAUCACGGGCAAGUUGUCACGUGGCGAAUUGAGACAAAGACAGGGUGUUGACAGUGAGAUAGAAUACUUGGUUGACGUGAGCUUGAUUUACGCCAUCGGCCAAAAGCCCUGCUAG